AGUAAUAGCACAAACUCAAACCUUCACAAAACAAUGGCAAGACACAAUAUUAUCCUCAUAGCUUUUCUUCUUGCAUUAGUUCUCUUCAUUGCUCACACUAAUGCUUCAAGGGAAAAAGAAAUGCCAGAAAGUUGCCGCAAGCAACUCGAUAGUUUAGACCUAAAACAUUGUGAGAAACACCUAAUGAAGAGGAUUCAAAAAGACGAAGAUGAAGACGAGGAUGAAGAUAUUCUGAAAAUGAGGGGAAUCAACUAUAUUCAUCGAAACCGCGAAGAAGAUCUUAAGGAGAUGUGUUGUUCUCAGCUUAGUGAAGUUAAAAUGUUGGAUUGUAGGUGUCAAGCUUUGCAAGAGAUAAUGGAGAAUUUGAGUGACAAGGUGCAUAAGAAGGAAAUGGAUGAUAUGGAGAUGGAGGUGAAGAAAUUACCUAUGAGGUGUGGCAUGGCACCACCUCUUGGGUGUGACUUGAGCAUGGAUGACUAAAAAAAUAAGUAUGGGAUCAUGAGAUAGCUUAAUUAUGAUAUUAAUUAAGUUACUCCCUAUGCUUUUGUAAUGUAAUAAAGAUCAUUAUGAAAUGAUCAUGAA